AUGGAAUCCUUGGUCUAUGAGGAUUCGCCGUUGGCAGAUUAUCUCGAAGGUGAAGGCGAACGUGACCAAGAUUGGGCGCCGCUGCAGAUCGAGACGAACGGAGACGCACAUUCCCAGAACUUCGCACCGAAAGGGUUACCAACGGUACAAACACGCGUUCGGGACGCAUCCGUCGCAGCGAGCGACAGGAACUCCUCACAAGAGCAAGGAACCGGAGUGUUUGGCCGGAUACAUCACACAUGCUCUUCGGCAGUCAGUUCGCGAAUCGGAAAGCGUGAUAAUGAGAGGUUCCUGGAACAAUUCGGCUACGUAAUAGUCGCAUCGCAUUUGCUGGACGAAUAUAAUGCUGCAUCACAUACGACUGCAGCAAAAGAUGCUCAACCGAAUUUACCUGGCCAUGACGCGAUAUCAUUCUCUACCACCGUCGGACUUACCGGAGCUGUCGUCACUGCAGUAACAUCAUUCUCAAUAGUUGGAUUAAUACACUGGAGCCGGUCACGAACAAGUGCAGGUUUCAAUCCACGGAGAUUAGUGAUACUUCUCGUCGUGUUACCCCUGGUUGGGGCAGUCUUCUAUGCCUUUGCCAGGCGGCAGUGGCUGAGAAGCACGCCUUUACCGCCAGUCAGUCGUUUAGAGGAAACGACACACGUCCGUCGGUGCUUGCGAUUACGCCGCGCUGUCUCCGAGGGUCUAUCUCUUGUUCUUGAUCGGUAUAUACAAGCACAACAUACCAUCGGACUCCUCACGGAUUCAUCUCACCUCGAGAAAUACUAUGACAUCUACGAAAUAUCCAUGGCGGAGCUUGCUGAGGCUCGUUCCACAUCUUCCGAAACCAUAGGUGAAGACCAGUACUCGCUCAAGUGGCUCCGAAUAAUGUUCAGCCGAUUGUACACUAUGAGGCAAAGCAUACUUUGCUGUCUUUUGGCGCUGAAGGCAGAUGGAAGCGGUAGUGACAUUCCUCCGUGGACUUGUGCGGUCGAAGAAAUGCGGGAACUCGCCACAGUAACCCACGAAGCCGCAAACAAGAUUGCAAAUAUUUUGAACGAAAAAGACAAACCCGUCCCACCUCUCUCACCUAUACCCUCUGCAUCCACAGGUCGUGAUACCCUUCGAGCUCAAGCAAGACGAUUGAACUCUCUUUCACAAGGUAUUCGAGCUCUUCACGCCAAAAUGCACUUGAUGCGGGAAGAAUCAGACGAAAGCUUGACGCAGGACGCAAGCGAGCAGGACGUUGGAGCGUCCUUAAUGGCACAAUACGAAUCUAUCGGUGCCGACAUUCGAGGUCUUCUACAAGAAUGGGAAGCAGGCAAAAUGGCCCUGAUCAGUUCCUUGGAACAUCCAAACGGACUUCCCUCAUCAUCGUCUUAUGACCGAUUCUCACGGUCAUCAUCUAAUGAUUUGAAACUGCCGCUAUCACCAACUAGCAGCCUCGGCGGCGUUACAGCAGUAGACGGAAGUCCCACUGCAGCACUCAUGGCUCUUAACGGUGAAAUAGCAGAGAACGUCGCCGACGCCGAGGCAGAAGAGAUCUUUGAAGCAAUCGUCAUGCCAUCAUCCCGGAAACGGCAGUCUCUAACCAGAGAAGAGCGGAUAGCCCGCGUCAAGGAAGAUAGAGCGCGACAAGUCGCUGCGAGAGAGAGAGCAGACGCCAGCACGAAUAUGCUCCGAGAACUUGAGACGGUCAUCAAACAUCGCCCGACGCUGAAAAACAAGCCGCAGCGAAUAACCAGCAUCUAA